UUUACAUAUAACAAAUUUUGCUGCAUACAACAACCGAGAUUAAAAGAAAGGUACAACAUUUCUAUCAUCACUUCUAUCCGCAGCUUACUGAGACAAAUUAAGGGGUCAGUUUUCAGAAGCUGGUCCCCGCAGCUUCUAAAAAAACUGAUUCUAGGAGUAAAUUAGAGCACCAGAAUCACUUCUGCACUUUCAUCCAAACACUCCAGCUUCUACUUCUACUCCCUGAAAGAGCAGAAGCAGUUUUAAGAAUCAGAUAUCCAAACACCCCCUAAGUUGUGAUGGUAAAAAAGAUUAUUUUCAAAUAAAUAUUUAAAUAACUUUUCUAAAAAAAUCGGUUUUCUGUUUAAAUUUAAAUGGGGUUGGGCCUUAUAUAUAUGGCCCCUAGGCCCUAGUUACACCCCAAUCCACAUUAAUAUAAACUCAGAAGUUCAUUAUUAUUAUUAUGAUAAUAAUAAUUAUAACGAUACUAAUAAUAAUAGUAAUAAUAGUAAUAAUAGUAAUAAUAAUAAUAAUAAUAAUAAUAAUAAUAAUAAUAACCUAAAAGCAAUGCUAUUUUCCCUUUUUGGGGAGGGGUCUGGGUAAAUAGUGCUGGAACCGGCGGCCUCAUGAAUUGAAGUUUCAAACCCAAGAGCUCCCGUAUGAGUCGACGACAAGUUGAACUAGACCCACUUUCCUUCUUUAGCUUGGAAGUGCUUUAAACUAAAGCAUGCUUGAAAAUAUUAUUUCCCAGGGAGUACUUUUUUUAAAACUAAGCAAAUACAACAAAACACAAUACAGGUAUAUGGUUGUAAAAAAACCUUCGAAAAGGCAGUUUGUAAUAGAAAAAUUGCAAUAGAAGCUGUCAUGAUGUCUACGUUAAACCUUUGCCGUUUCUUCAAACAUGAGAGGGUUCUUUCUCUCUAUCGACCUUCUUAGGUAAUUGUAUUUUAUUUGCAACUACUUUAAAUUUUUUGUGUUUAUAUGCAUGUAUAUCUCCAAUUCAAAUAUGAAAUUAUCUUCUACAAAAAUGGGAAUUCUUCUUGAAUGAGUGUAAAUGCAUGAACUUAUAACAUUCUCGGUCACAUAUGUUCUCUUCCUUUUUUCAUUCAUUUCUUGAUUAAUUGAAUGAAUGCAUAUGCAAUUCAGUGGUAACUGGUAUGUUUUUGAAGAUCUCAUGUUUCUUUCAUCCAUUGCAGCAUAAACAUCAUCAAAGGUUUCUAUUUAGAAACUUAGAGUAUCCAUGGAGGCUAGACUGCGAUCCGCAGACGAUGUACACAAAAGAAAGCUGCAGAAAAUCAAAGUUGAAGAUGUGGUCAAGCCAUUCCAACAACCCUUUCAAGAAAAGAGUACAAGGUUGAAGCUCCAUCACCUCAAACUUCUCUUGUUUGUUUUGGUAAUUGCAACUUUCAUCAUUCUUUUGGCCACCCCAAAUGGUUGUAGCCGCUACAGCUCAUCCCAACCUUCCAAUAAGCCUCAUUUGGUGAAAAGGUGGUGGAUUUGGGGGGUUCCAGAUCCGAGAUACAUAUCAGACUUAGUUGUAAACUGGGAUGAGGUGUCCAUUGCUGUCAAUGAAUUAGCAAAAAGUGAGAAGAUCAUAAGAACAGGUCUCCUCAACUUUGAUGAGGAUGAGAUCAGGCAAUGGAAACUGAUGAUUCCAGAAGCUAACCACACAGUUUUGCAUCUUGAUCAUGUCGAACAGAAUGUAACUUGGGAGACCUUGUAUCCCGAAUGGAUCGAUGAGGAACAAAUGUAUGAAACACCUAGCUGCCCUUCUCUACCAAAGCUUGACGUGCCUAGAAAACCGAUCGAUUUGAUCGCAGUUAAGCUCCCUUGCAAGGGGAACUGGACUAGAGACGUGGCUAGGCUACACCUGCAACUCGCGACUGCUGGUUUAGCCUCAUCUGCUAAAGGCACCCGCCCAGUACACUUGCUUUUCCUCACCCGCUGUUUCCCCAUUCCAAAUCUAUUCACUUGUCAGGAGCUUGUUGCGCGCAAAGGCAACAUUUGGCUGUACAAACCAAACUUGAAUGUCAUGAGACAGAAGCUCCAGCUCCCGGUAGGAUCCUGUGAACUAGCCCUUCCAUUUGGUGCCACAGGUUAGUCAAAACUCAGAAUCUGUUUAGGCUCAGUUAUGUUUGCUGAUUCGACUUAUUCUGCUUAUAACUCACUUAUUUACAUAAAAUGAAUGCUAUCAAAUGUUUUUGUUUUCAGAAAAUUCAACCACACACAUGAGGUGGGGUGCAGUGAGUCUUACCUCACACUUAUAUAUUGAACAGAAUCUAAUAAUCAUCUUUCCCAAUGCACUUAAAAUAAAGCUAAUUCAGAAUAUAAUAAGAGGAGUCUUGUUUCUAAUACAAUAUUAAAAAAAACAUACAGGAGUACUGGGGGAGCCCAAGCGUGAAGCGUAUGCAACGAUCCUACACUCGGCUUAUGUAUAUGUGUGUGGAGCCAUAACUGCAGCACAGAGCAUCAGAAUGGCGGGUUCAACCCGAGACUUGGUGAUUCUUGUUGAUAACACCAUUAGCGAAUACCACAGAAGUGGACUAGCAGCUGCAGGGUGGCAGGUCCGUACAAUCGAGAGAAUAAGGAACCCUAAAGCCGAGAAAGAUGCAUACAAUGAGUGGAAUUACAGCAAGUUCAGACUAUGGCAACUCACUGAUUACGACAAGAUCAUCUUCAUAGACGCGGAUCUCCUAAUUCUCAGAAACAUGGAUUUUCUUUUCGGGAUGCCUGAGAUUUCUGCAACAGGGAAUAAUGGCACCCUCUUCAACUCCGGAGUGAUGGUGAUCGAGCCUUCCAACUGCACAUUCCAACUCCUCAUGGAUCACAUCAACGAAAUCGAAUCAUACAACGGCGGAGAUCAAGGGUACUUGAACGAAAUAUUCACCUGGUGGCACCGCAUCCCGAAACACAUGAAUUUUCUGAAACAUUUCUGGAUCGGCGACGAACCAGAGGUCAAGCAGAGGAAAACAGAGCUGUUCGCGGCGGAGCCGCCUAUCCUAUACGCCGUCCACUACUUGGGAUACAAGCCGUGGCUGUGUUACCGCGACUACGAUUGCAAUUGGAACGUGGACAUUCUGCAGGAAUUCGCGAGCGACGCAGCGCACGAUAAGUGGUGGAGAGUGCACGAUAGCAUGGAGGCGGAGCUGCAGGAUUUGUGCCUGCUGAGGUCGAAGCAGAAGGCGCAAUUGGAGUGGGACAGGCGGCAAGCGGCGGCGGCGAAUUACGGUGACGGCCACUGGAAAACCGAGAUUCGAGAUCAGCGGCAGAAGAGGUGCACGGAUAGGCUGUGUGAUUGGAAGAGUAUGCUGAGGCAUUGGGGGGAGAAGAACUGGACUUAUAACCCCUACUUCCACCCUUCGCCGCCGCUCGUGAAACUGCGGUCCCGUACCAAACCACCGCCGGUGUCGUCGUCGUCUUAAUGGCCAUCAGUCAAUGUUCAGAUUUAAAUUAAUGCGUGAUUAUUUUUGUUUAUUAAAAUGGCGCAACUCCAUUGAUUUUCCUUUAUUAGCUAUUUAGGCCAUCUCCAACAGUUAACACCAUUUUUUACACCAAAAUGGUGUAAACAUCACAUCAAACAGUAUUUUAACUCCAAC